CGCAAUGGGAAUAAUAUAUGUCAUUUUGUUCAGGCAUACAUUUACACCGACUGAUAGAACAACCAUCCAUAUGACCAACAGACAAUACAACUCCUCUUCAACGACGUCAUAAAUUAUAAUACUUCUUAUCUUAGAAGCUCAUUCAGACAGUAUUUCAGCUGGAGGUCUUUCUCAUACCCCCGACUUCAUAAUAUAUAUAAGGACUUUAGAAUCUCCGGUGUCUAUCAAUCCGAGCAUCAAGUUAGUUUUCGAUUGUGCCAGGUCUAUCUACCUUAUAAUAGCCCUAGCCCUAACAUGAUGACAUCGACUACGAGUUACUAUCCAAUCGUUGGAAUCCAGGAGGGAUUGUCCCCUAGGAAAGAUGACCUCCUCAGGCAAGUGCCGCUCCGUAUGGAGCUAGAUGACUGGUUCACGUCUGGAGAACUGGUACAUAUCAACCAGCGCGCAUUAUUCUUUCCUGCGCUAUGGAAGUUCUCCCAGAUGAACCCGCAUGAGAAAUUGUCCUGGUUUCAAAUUGCCGGAAUCCAUGGAAAACCAUUUGUUUCUUGGGACGAGCCCGGAGCACAUCCAACAGUUAAAGAAAAGGGAUAUUGUACUCACAAUAGUAUUCUAUUUUGCACCUGGCACCGGUCCUACGUGCUUCUCUUCGAACAAGUAGUCUUCGAACUUAUGAAAGAGGUGGUCAACGAGUACCCGGAAGUAGAUAGACCUGACCUCUUGCAAGCAGCGAGAACUUGGCGCCUUCCAUACUGGGACUGGGCGUUGAAGAAGCCUAUUGACGGCAAUCCAAAUAAGCGGAAUUAUACUGUACCGUUGGCUGUGCUAGUUGAGGAGGUAGAUAUCAGACAGCCUACAGCUCAAGGUCACGGUCUUUAUCGGAAUGCACUCUAUCAGUUCACGAUGCCAGGGCGUAUUACUAUGGGCGAUUCAAGCCUUAAGUAUAGAGACAAGGACUUGAGGAUCACAGCGAGCACAAUUUCGGAUCCCGAUACGGGCAUUAUGUGCACUUUCCCCUUUGACCAAUGCCAGGCUACGAGCCGGCACCCUAAAGGAACGGGCGUCAACCAGGAUUGGGUUGCUGGAAAGCAGAACAAUGAAGCCAUUGCCAAUGCCAUGAGAGAUUAUAAAUGGGAUCCCGAAGCGAAUACGGAAAACGCAAAGCUGGGGAAUAUGACAGCAGGUCUUAGGGCGGCUUUCUAUCGUGUUCUUACUAUUGAGACGUUUGAGGAUUUCGCAACUAAACGGGCUCCUAACCACGGCGCAGACAACCCGGUGAAAAAAGACUAUGCCUUUGACUCCUGUGAGAGCAUUCAUGACAAUAUGCACAAUUGGUGUGGCGGCGACCGGACAGAGCCGGACGAUAAAAACAUCUGUUUGAUAGGCCACAUGGCUCACGUCCCACUUGCUGCAUUCGAUCCAAUAUUUUGGCUUCACCAUUGUAACGUGGAUAGAAUGACGGCGAUCUGGCAAACGCUGCACGAAGACCCCUGGUUCGACGGCUCUGACGCGCGUGACGAAGACCUUGGGACAUAUUCUAUCGAGUUUGGGCACCGGGACAAGCCCACUGAUCCACUUCGGCCUUUUCACAAGGAGAAUGGACAAUACUGGACUUCUUCUGACGUUAGAGAGGUGACGGCACUAGGCUAUACUUACCCAGGUUUAGAGAAGUGGUCGUACACCACUAAUGGCGUCUAUGAUAAGCAGAAACACCUCGACGCGCUCAUCAAAACGCUUAACGAGAAUUAUAACAGUGACUGGUCAGCUUUGCAGAAAGCAAGGCUAACAUCUGGCCCAGGUCAGCCUAACCUUCCCAAGCUAGCAAGGCUGCGUACGCUCAGCGACAAGCCUGUUGACUUGAAGACUUAUGACUACGUCGUCAAUGUUAUUUAUGAGAAGUUUGCUCUGAAUGGCAACAAGUUCAUAAUUCACAUAUUUGUCGGCAAAGUGCCCGAUGAGGUCCCUUAUAAGACUCGAACCACCCAGGUUGGCCAAGUAGCAAACUUUUCGACUGAGCCAGGAAGUCUGGGUAACUCAGAUGAGGGAUGUGGGAAUUGCCAGAACCAGCAAGCGGACCAUACUGAGUCUACGGGACGUGUUGUGUUAACCAACGCUCUUAUCACGCGGUGGAAGAACCAAAUUGCGCACGAAACCAGCGACGGCAGCCAAUCAGUGUUAAAGAGCAUGAAUCCAGAAGAUGUCGUCUCGUUCCUCAGAUCCAACCUUCACUGGCGUGCAACAUCAAUGGGCGUGCUGGUAGAUCUACCGUCCUUGAAGGUCUCUCUGGCUGUUGGUGAAGCCGAGCACUUUGCCGACCGCUCCAAGAUGUCCAAGUAUCACAACUACAAAGCUGUGUAUGAAGUUACGAAUGGUCGUCCCGGUGGUGCAGGGCCGAGAGAUCGGUUGUACCCGUCAGAUUGUCAGUAUACGAUUCCGUCAGGGGUAUAAGAACUAGGAACAAGGAGAGUUUGAGCUUUAAGCUUAGGAUCAUCAUCCUGAUUAAAUAUAUGUCACUCAUUACACAUAACUAAGCUUAACAUGGAAGUGUGUUGAAAUAUUGGUUGAGGGUCACAAGAAAUCUAAAAUAAACAUGAUUAUUGUUAUGCUCUGUGCUCUCGAGUUGUUAUCCCAUAUUCUAUCUAACACUCCUGCUGUUGAUUAUAUUCAAAUACCCCAUUUAAAAACGACAGGACAUUCCGUCUCCUUUUAGUAAAUCGGAAGGAAUGGUAUAUACUAACUUCUAGCUCCAAAAUAGUUUAUAUGAACCAAGACUUCCAAGACCGCUUCAAUCUCGAGCUUUAGGCUAUUAUAGCAAAACUCACCACCGCGUCACGAGGGUAUCAGUAGUCUUUGCCCAAUCAGUGA